GCCAAACGUCUUUCGAUUCGUUGCGGACUGGGACGUUUUAGGAUGAUCGAACCGAUCCCAGAGUUCGGAACCGGAGAGAAGAUUCGAAGACUCGGUUCUGAUGGAUCUCCGGAUCUCCAGAGACUCUCCUGCGCUUUCUUCAACCAGGACACGACGUGAGCGCGCAUAUAAAUCCUGUCGGGAUCCGUCUUUGGCUGUUGGUUGUAAGAAUGGCUACAGGCUCUUCUCUCUGUCUUCUGUUGACAGAAUGGAUUGCAUUCAUCAAGGAGAGGAAAGCCCUGAUGUGUGUGUUGCGGAGCGGCUCUUCUCCAGCAGUCUGAUGGUGAUCGUGAGCAGAUCUACACCGUUCAGGAUGAACAUCAUCCACUUCAAGAAGGGCACCGAGAUCUGCAACUACAGCUACUCCAGCCACAUCCUCGCAGUCAAACUCAACCGGCAGAGACUCGUGGUUUGUUUGGAGGAGGCUCUGUACAUCCAUAAUAUCAAGGACAUGAAACUCCUGAAGUCGGUUCUCAACACGCCACCGAACCCCAAAGGUCUCUGCGCUUUAUCUGUCAAUCACUCCAACUCAUACCUGGCCUAUCCCGGGAGCUUCACCGCUGGAGAGAUUACCCUGUAUGAUGCGGGGAAUCUGACGGAGGUGACUGUGAUCCCGGCUCACGCCAGUCAUGUGGCCGCCGUCGCCUUCAGCGCUUCAGGAACCAGUCUGGCCAGUGCUUCUGAAAAAGGCACUGUUAUACGAGUCUUCAGCAUUCCUGACGGAGACAAACUGUUUGAGUUUCGCAGAGGGAUGAAGAGGUAUGUCAGCAUCAGUUCCCUGUCGUUCAGUGCCGACGCACAGUUUCUAUGUGCCUCCAGUAACACAGAGACUGUUCAUAUCUUCAGACUGGAGCAUCAUAGUCCCAGUACGGAGUCUCCCUCUUGGUCUGGAUAUAUGGGGAAGGUGUUUUCUGCCGCCAGCUCGUUCCUUCCCUCUCAGGUGUCGGACAUGAUGCAUCAGGACAGAGCGUUUGCUAGCGUCCACCUCAGCGCGCCGGGCAUGAAGAACAUCUCCGCUCUCUCCAUGAUCCAGAAGGUUCCUCGUCUUCUGGUGGCUUCACUAGAUGGUCAUCUCUACAUCUACAACCUCGAUCUGCAGGACGGAGGAGACUGUCGUUUAGUCCAGAAGCACCGACUGUAUGAAAGUGCGGAUGAAAACCCGGCAGCUUCGGCGCUGGAGGCGGGAGGUUUAUCCUACGCAGAAACUGUUUCCACAAACACCAAUCAACCCUCGAGUUCCCUCACGGGCUACUCUGAGGAUGGAGGAGUGAAGAGAGGAGAACUGAUCCCAGAUCAUGAGUUUGCAGAUGAAUCGCUCCGUCUGGAUGAUGAGCAGGAGUUUCCUCCGGUUAGCUUUCAGGACACCUGAAGGAUGCAGAUCACUCAUAAACAUCAUAUCUGUUGAUAAAGACAUGUUUAUGGUUGAUAUAAAUAAGAAACAUGAGUAAUAAACACCAUCAGAUUCAGUGUUUCCAGAUCAGGCUAACCGUAUACAAGUACAAUCACAUUUUAACUAGAGCAAAUGUGUGUGUUAUGCAUUUGCCGAUUCUAACUACAACUGUGAAUUCAUAUUUUGCCACAGAUGUCCGUUUAUACAUAAACUCGGAAAAUUUGAAUAUGGUGCAAAAGUUCAUUUAUUUCAGUAAUUCAACUUAAAAGGUGAAACUAAUAUAUUAUAUAGACUCAUUACAUGCAAAGUGAGAUAUUUCAAGCCUUUAUUUGUUAUAAUUUUGAUGAUUAUG